UUUUUAUUUGUGUGUGGUUUUUCUUUCUGUCUCCUCACUCUCUCUCUCUCUCUCUCUCUCUCUAUGCUUAAUAUCAAAGGGGAACCUUUCUGAUUAAGCAAGUAAACCCUUUUUUUUCUCUCUCAAAUCUCGAACCCCAUUUCAGUUUCUGAUUCACACUCUCUGUGGUUUUUCCUAACUCUUUCAGUAACCCAAAAAACCCUCAAAAUUUCAUUCACGUUUAACACUUCUAUUUUUGAUCAUUUUUCAUUCUAAUUCAAUUCAUUUAUGCAAAAAGCUUAAUUCUUUAGGUUUAAGGUUUCAAAAUUGGUAGUGCAUUUUCAUUCAGAGGUUGGUUCUAUUAGGUCAAGAUGUUCACUGAAGGACUUGACAAAAACGCACUUAGAUGGGUCAGAGAGAAGGAAGUGCCAUUCUCAAACACAGCAAUGAGAUCUCGUGAUCCGAUUAGUGGAAUGAAAAGUGGCGGCGGUAGAGGGUUUGGAUUACCACCACCAUCAAAAUUCAGGAGUGGUCAUCUUCCUGCUAAUAAGUUACCCGUCUCGGCGGUUGAGACAUUCGAUAGCCGUUCAAAUAGUGAUAUGGACGCCAGCGUUGAUUCGGAGGAGGAAGUUUAUGGUGGGAGGUAUUCUUUGGAUUCAUCACCACAAGACAGCAGAGUCCCCAAUGGUGCUGCUAAGAGAUAUGGGAAUGUUGCUCAGAUGCCACGGUCUCGGUAUGCGAGUGAUUACACGUUCUCUGAUGUUAGUUCGUCGAGAGAAACACUUACUGGAAGACAAGGAAUGGCGAGGGAUCCGGUGAUGAGGGGUGCUGCUAAUGGAAGGCAGAAUGGUUUUACUGAAGAUGAAUCGUCAGAUUCUGCAGCUAGCUCAGAAUUUUCUACCACACAAGUAGGAAGUAGCAUCAAUGGCACUCUUCCAAAAAGAAGGGCUUAUAUGUCAGCAGGGUAUGCUUCUAGUGUACCUUCAAGGAUGAAUGUUCAAAGUUCUGCAGAAAAGAGUGGAAGAUUAUCUGAUGACGAGGAUGAAGACUUUCCGAGUGCACCCCCAUUUUGUGGUUCUACUCAAGAGAUAAGACAAACUAACGAGGAAAUUCCAACUUCUGCAGCACGUAGUACUCCAAAUAAAGCAGAAUCAAGUACUUUGAAAUCUGUAUCCAGGGAUAAGUUAGAGAACCAUGGAGAUGCAAGCUCGGAAAAAUUUGUUAGAACUGCUACUGGUUCAGAGGGUGCUGCAUCUUCCAAUUCACAACCACCUCGCCUUCCAACAUUUCAUGCAAGUGCUCUUGGGCCAUGGUAUGCAGUAAUUGCAUACGACGCCUGUGCGCGUCUUUGCCUUCACGCUUGGGCGAUGCAGUGUAUGGAAGCUCCAAUGUUUUUGGAAAAUGAAUGCUCUUUACUUAGAGAUGCAUUUGGAUUGCGACAAGUGCUUCUUCAACCAGAAGAGGAGCUAAUGGUGAAAUGCAAUGGAGAACUUUCUAGUGAGGGUGUUGCUCCUAAACUGAAAAAACUUAUUGGCAAGAUGAAGGUGCAAGUACGCAAAGUCAAAGUGGGGGUCGACCCUCCUACUGGCUGUAGCAUGUCAUCAAUAGUGACACAUAAAAUUAAAAUGGAUUCAAUGCAAUACCACUUCUCAAAUUUGCAGUCAAAACUAUCUUCUGGUUGGCACGCUCUUAGGAAAGUUCGGUUUGUACCACAUUUGCCUGCAAAUGGUUCCCUGACACAUAAAAGCUUGGCAUAUGUGCAUGCUAGCACACGCUAUAUACAACAAGUCUCUGGACUCCUAAAAGUUGGUGUAACAACUUUGCGGAAUAGUUCAUCCUCCUACGAAGCUGUGCAAGAGACAUUCACGUGUUUCUUACGACUCAAAAGUGUAGUUGAAGAAGAUGCGAUUAGGUUGCAGCCUGGAUCCAGUGAAGUCCAUAUGUUUUUUCCAGAUAGUCUUGGAGAUGAUUUGCUCAUUGAAGUUCAAGAUUCCAAGGGAAAGCAUUUUGGGCGUGUUCUUGUCCAAGUGGCUGCUAUAGCUGAUAAUCCGUCUGACAAAGUACGCUGGUGGAAUGUUUACCGCGAGCCAGACCAUGAGCUUGUUGGCAAGAUACAACUUAAUAUACUUUAUUCAACCAGUGCAGAUGACAAUAGUCAUCUUAAGUGUGGUUCUGUAGCGGAGACAGUUGCAUAUGACCUGGUUCUAGAAGUUGCAAUGAAAGUUCAGGGCUUUCAGCAAAGGAACCUAGAAUUACAUGGUCCAUGGAAAUGGCUCUUGACAGAGUUUGCUUCAUACUAUGGUGUGUCUGAGAUAUAUACGAAGCUGAGAUAUCUAUCGUAUGUCAUGGAUGUUGCCACACCAACAGCAGAUUGCCUUAACUUGGUAUAUAAUCUGCUUGCACCUGUUAUCAUGAAGGGAAAUAGCAAAACUUCUUUGAGCCACCAAGAGAAUCGACUACUAGGAGAGACCAAGGACGAAAUUGAACAGAUACUCACACUUACAUUUGAGAAUUACAAGUCACUUGAUGAGUCAUCUUUCUCUGGUAUCGUCGAGGUUUUCAGACCAGCAUCCAGUCAUGCAGCUCCUGCCUUGGAACCGGCUGUUAAACUUUACAAGCUUCUUCACGAUAUCUUAUCUCCGGAGGCCCAAACCAGUUUCUGUCACUACUUCCAGGUUGCGGCAAAAAAGAGGGCUAGAAGGCACCUUUCUGAUACAGAUGAAUAUAUUGCACAGAAUAAUGAAAGCUGUUUGAUGGAUCCUUUGACCAUGUCUACCGCUUACCAGAAGAUGAAAACACUGUGCAUAAAUCUUAGGAAUGAAAUCUAUUCUGAUAUUCAGAUUCAUAAUCAAAAUAUACUUCCUAGCUUUGUAGACCUGCCAAAUCUUUCUGCUUCCAUAUACAGCACAGAGCUUUGCAAUAGAUUACGAGCCUUCCUCAUAUCUUGUCCACCGACAGGUCCAUCAUCACCAGUAGCAGAACUUGUCAUUGCAACAUCCGAUUUUCAAAGAGAUCUUUCAGGCUGGAACAUUAAUCCUAUCAAAGGUGGAGUGGAUGCAAAAGAGUUGUUCCAUUUGUAUAUUCUUGUUUGGAUCCAAGAUAAACGUCUAUCUUUGCUCGAGUCGUGCAAAUUAGACAAGGUGAAAUGGUCUGGUGUUAGAACGCAGCAUUCUACUACUCCCUUUGUUGAUGACAUGUAUGAGCGGCUGAAGGAAACAUUGACAGACUAUGAGGUCAUCAUUUGCCGCUGGCCAGAAUAUACCUUGGUUCUAGAAAAUGCAAUAGCUGAUAUUGAGAAGGCGAUUGUGGAAGCUUUAGAUAAACAGUAUGCGGAUGUAUUAGCUCCUCUUAAAGAUAGCAUGGCACCUAAGAAAUUUGGGCUUAAAUAUGUCCAGAAACUUGCAAAACGGUCUACAUGUGCCUAUGUGGUUCCUGAGGAGGUUGGAAUUCUUUUGAAUUCCUUGAAGAGGAUGCUCGACAUCUUACGUCCAAGGAUUGAAUCACAGUUCAAAUCAUGGGCUUCUUGCUUACCAAAUGCUGGAAACACAGCACCUGGUGAGCGACUUAGCGAAGUGACCGUGAUGCUGAGAGCAAAGUUCAGGAACUAUUUGCAGGCUAUUGUGGAGAAACUCGUGGAAAAUACGAAGUUACAGAAUGCUACAAAAUUAAAGAAGAUUCUUCAAGAUUCAAAGGAAACAGUGGUAGAGUCUGAUUUAAAAAGUAGAAUGCAACCACUGAAAGAGCAGUUAGCUAGUACCAUAAGCUAUCUUCACAGUAUUUGUGAAACUCAUGUUUUCAUUGCCAUCUGUCGAGGUUAUUGGGACCGAAUGGGGCAGGAAAUUUUGAGUUUCUUGGAGAAUAGAAAAGAGAAUAGAUCAUGGUAUAAAGGUUCAAGGGUGGCUGUUUCUGUUCUGGAUGAUACAUUUGCCUCACAGAUGCAACAACUUCUAGGAAAUGCGAUACAAGAGAAAGACAUGGAGGCACCUAGAUGCAUCAUGGAGGUUCGUUCUAUGCUAUGUAAAGACGCUGCUCCUAAUCACAAGGACAACAGUUUUUACUAUUAGACUGCUAAUCAAUACACAUGUAAAUAAAGAGGGUCAUUAAGGGGUUAAAAUGAUGAUAAUCAUUCAAUCAUAUGGGUCACACCAAUUUUGUAGCAGGAGUAAGCAACUCAACUGCUCCUAGGAACAUGAUCAAUAUGCUCUUCACUUACUGGGAAAUGAGAAAUAGUGCAUUUUUUUUAAGUAGUAUACACAAUUGUUAUUCAUUGUAAUACAUUGGUAGGAAUAUAUAGUUUUACUAGCUUUUUGCAUUCUAUUGGUUUAAAAAAUGCAAUAUCUAACAGCAGGAACAUUUUGUUUAAUUUAUUCUUCGUUUUGAUGGUAUA